AUCUAAAUACCCUCCAAGUUCCGUUCUUAAUCCUCCCUCUGUCCCUCACUUCUUCACUUUGCUAAGAAACUUUCUGAGCUCUCCUCGUAUCCAGUUGAAGAAAGCCUCCUCGCAAACCCAUUUUUCUUCUCCUUUGACAUUAGCCCAUCAACUCUACUGUCUUUCUCCCUACCAAACCCACAGCAAUCAGCUCCUUACCUCAUUCCUUAAUCUCGGCUCCCACCCCCCUUCACUCACCUCUCGCAAAGAACCUCUUGCUCCUCUCACCGACCAAAAAACUUACAUGAGACCAAACCCAGCUCACCUCCCUUCCGUACCAAGCUUUUAUGGAGGCAUUUGAGUGGAGAGAGGGUGACAUGCAAUUUCUUUGAGGGAGGGAGGGAGGAAGGGAGAUGCGAUGGUGGCAAGGCAGUGAGGGAUUGCAACUUGCAAGUGAUAGACGAUGGUGGCAAUUGGCAUGGGGAGGUGCUCUGCUCUGUGUGAUGGUGUCGAGGCAGCAAAGGGUCUUACAGAUAACUUAACAGCAUUACAGUUUUUGAGAGAGAAAGAGGGAGAGAUAAAGAGACUGUGAUCUGUUAUUGUGCAGCAAAAUUGAUAUCGGAAUACCCUUUUGCUUCUAAAAGAAUGGUGGGUAUUUUCUCAAGAUUUUCUGUUCGUAGAGUUGGCCAUAGACGAACCCAGAGUGCUAUUGAUGAGAGGGAAGUAUUGCCCCCAAAUGCAGACCUUACCAGGGCAGCCGCUGCCGCUGCUUCUGCUCCUCAUGGGAUUGAAGUAGCAGUAGAGUUUAAGCCAGUUGAGCACCCAAUUGAGCCUCUCGACAGCGAUCAACCAAUUCUUUGCCCACAACCUGAACCUUCAAUUCUUAACGAUGGAAGACUAUGGAAAGAGAGAGUAUCGGCAACUGUGAGGAGGAGGGCUGACUUGCCUGUUAUGAAAGAAGAUGGGGCGCUUGAAUCUGAAACUGCAGGGACAAAGACGCGGCCAAUUCAGUCCAAUAGAUUGAUUCUACCAUCCAUCAGUGCUCCUGAACAUAACUUGCUUAAACUACUUGAAGAAUGUAGUGCAUCUGGGAUCUAAAGCCUGGUAUCAGUUUCCGAUUGGAAUGCAGGUUUACAUAAAUUCCAUAUGUAAGUUCAUGUGUUCUUUCAUUUUACACCCUGGAUUAUCAAACAUUAGAUGUGUAUUUCCAGAUGAUUUAUAGAAAAAUAUCCUCCCCCACCCCUUUAUAGUAAGUAAAUUUAAUAGUUACACUUAGCAAUGAAAGUAUAUGCCUGACGUUCUGAGCUUGUGUAAUACUUGAUGGUCAUACUAAGCAAAAUGAAUCUGAAUCUAAGCAAAUUGAAUUUCAGUAUCAA